AUGGAGUGGGAGAAGUAUGCUGAUGGUUACUUCAGUGACGGGUUCUAUGAGAUGAACUUGGUCGCGACGAAUGAUAUGGAUGAGAUCUAUGAGGAUCCUGAGUAUGGUGAGAUGGGAGAACUGGAGGAGUUAUUGACUAAGGUUGAUGAGAGUGAGGACUCGGAUGAUAUGGCUGCGAGUGUGGAGGCAGCAGUGAAGCAGGAAGAGGAGAUAGUGAUCACGGAUGCAGCAGCAGUAAACGGUGGAGAUGGAGACGAUGUCAACACUUUUGCAGCAGCGAUCGUGGUUGAAGAUGAAGCAGUAAAUGCGAAGUAUGUGGGAGUUGAAGCUGUGAAAGGGGACAUCAUGGUGAAAGGAUCAAAGGCGAAUGCAACUGCAAAGGGGCAAGUGCUUAAGGAGGAUGAACGCGUUGAAGGGUACGAGACCCGAGAGGUGUUGGGUGUAAAGAUGCCGAGGAGAAGCGAGAGGCAUAAGAAAAUCUCUCAAGGUUUGGAUGUCAAGGCGCUCAACUACAAGACACGUAAGCAGAGGUUCAAGGUGCAGGAGCUGCAGGGGAGCGUGAAGCCGACUUAG